CUUUUUAAUUGUUAUAAUGUCAAUUAUAGCACAGCACAAAGUUUAUUUGAAAAAUGAAACUUAUUAUAUUUUCAUUAAAUCCAUGAGAACGAUUCAUCAAGUUAGUAAUUAGUAACAGCAGGUGAUUAUUUUCGGCUUUGUUUGUUUGCAUUUGUUAAUAGAUAUAUUAAAUCAUUGCCAUCUAUCAUUGUAUCAAAAAGUAACUUUCGCCAUACACUUCAUACACUGUCAAAGGCAUCGUGUUUUUAAAUAUAUAAGCACUAGUGCCAAAAUAAAGAAAAAGCAUACUCUAAGUGCAUACCAAUUAAGAAAAACAAACCCCAUAUAGCCCAAAACCAUGAUCUAACGUGAAAAGAAACAAUGUCUAAUACCCCCUUUCCCCCACCAUUCAAGAAUCAAUAUCACAAUCCAAGACCAGAAGACCAAGGGACAUUUCAUUCAUACUGAAGUCAUUACAAUACAUGUUGAAGAAAAAAUUAGAAAUUGAUAGCCAAUUGAUAGCCAAUACUCAUAACCUCAAAAAUUGUUGUAGAUACAAGUACUCAUACAAGAUAGAGCAUUCAGUCUCAAAUGAUGUGGGAUAGAUAAAAUCCAGUCUCCAAGUCCAUAGUCGUUUCAAAGGGUCAACAUCCAUUCACAAAAGCCGUCGCCAUAAUCCAAGUAUUUUGGCAGCUGCCGAUCAUUCGAACCCAUGCCUCCUAAAGCAUUGCCGAAAACCGGACACACUUCCUCCCAUACAUACAUACCUAAUAUUUCUUAAAAUUCGAAUCAUGGACAAAUGAUCAGUUAUCUUAGCGUUUUGAACAUUUAGCAAUGAGAAUACUUUUUGUGGUGUCGGGUAAUCUUUUAUUUGUAUUUUGUGGGAUACAAGUCCUAAAUAUCUAGACUUACUUAUUGAAAUAAUUAAUGAUGGAAUGUGUUUGAAUAUGAAUGUUACAUAAAACAUUUAAUUAGAUAUUGCUCUAAAAAAUCAUAAGAUGGUUUAAAAUAAUUGCUGCAUUGUGUAUUUCGAUUGGUAAGAAAGCAUUCAAUAUGCAAUUAUGCAUGUUUUGUUCUAGAAAGCAGCCAACGGUCAAUGUGCAUGUUUUGUUUCAGAAAGCAGUCAACGGUCAAUGUUCAUGUUUUGUUUCAGAAAGCAGUCAACGGUCAAUGUUCAUGUUUUGUUUCAGAAAGCAGUCAACGGUCAAUGUGCAUAUUUUGUUCCAGAAAGCAGUCAAUGGUCAAUGUGCAUGUUUUGUUUCAGAAAGCAGUCAACGGUCAAUGUGCAUGUUUUGUUUCAGAAAGCAGUCAACGGUCAAUGUGCAUGUUUUGUUUCAGAAAGCAGUCAACGGUCAAUGUGCAUGUUUUGUUCCAGAAAGCAGUCAACAGUCAAUAUGCAUGUUUUGUUUCAGAAAGCAGUCAACGGUCAAUUAUGCAUGUUUUGUUCCAGAAAGCAGCCAACAGUCAAUAUGCAUGUUUUGUUUCAGAAAGCAGUCAACGGUCAAUGUGCAUGUUUUGUUUCAGAAAGCAGUCAACGGUCAAUAUGCAUGUUUUGUUUCAGAAAGCAGUCAUCGGUCAAUAUGCAUGUUUUGUUCCAGAAAGCAGCCAACAGUCAAUAUGCAUGUUUUGUUCCAGAAAGCAGUCAACAGUCAAUAUGCAUGUUUUGUUUCAGAAAGCAGUCAACGGUCAAUUAUGCAUGUUUUGUUCCAGAAAGCAGCCAACAGUCAAUAUGCAUGUUUUGUUUCAGAAAGCAGUCAACGGUCAAUUUGUGCAUGUUUUGUUUCAGAAAGCAGUCAACGGUCAAUAUGCAUGUUUUGUUUCAGAAAGCAGUCAUCGGUCAAUAUGCAUGUUUUGUUUCAGAAAGCAGUCAACGGUCAAUGUGCAUGUUUUGUUUCAGAAAGCAGUCAUCGGUCAAUGUGCAUGUUUUGUUUCAGAAAGCAGUAAACGGUCAAUAUGCAUAUUAGGUUUCAGACGGCAUGGCAGAUGGGUGUGAAAAAAGAUAAUUUACAACUACUACUAGGAAAAACCACAGAACUCAUCGGAGCAUAUGAACUAACCUUAAUGACGAAACUCUUUUCUAUUUUUUCCUUAAUUAUUCCCUUGGCUUCCGAUAAAGCACACAGAAUUGUGACAUACCUGCAAUGUUAAUGAACAAUCUUGGAAUGAACUACCGAUUCAUGUAGUUUGUAAAGACGUCAAUAACCUUAUUCAUUGUUUCGUAGCAUUUCAGGAAAAUAGGACACGUGAUGAGUAACAGUUCAGGUGUAAAAAGGUAGGUGGUCCUAUCAAAUGUUGGUCCUACUCUCUAUUGAUUUAUAUGGUGACCUAAUUACAAUUAUUUUCCUUAUUAUUUAUACAGUCAGGGCCAGUAAGGGCCGUUAGGAAAGGGGACCAUAAUCCCCAGGGGACCAUAAUUUCUUUUACACCGGGAGUAACAGUAACAGUCACAUAUUCAGCAGUAUUCAAAGUGUUCAGAAACGUAGUGAUCUGGUCUACACAAGUAAUACUUUCAACAAAAAAUGUCAUUCGCCUACCAUUUGUUUACCCUGGCGUCUUCUGGUUUAAGUUCAAACGCUCUUUGCAUCACUGCGUUAGCCUCGUCCAAAGUAGACUUGUGCUUCGACUUGUUCCUUUCUACUAAAUGAACUAGAGCUACCGAAUGAAUGAAACAAGCAUAUCUCCAUAGGAAAUUGGCGUCGUUCUUGUACUGAAAUGUAAAAGUUACAACGUUUUAGUACCCAGAAGAAUGCCCGGGCCAGAAUGACCAUUCAAAAUGAACAAUACUACUAUGGCUAGGUCUAACGCGUGGCUGGAUCUAAUGUCUUACAUUGUCUUUCUCUUUUGUCAUGAUGUCAUAAACAUCUCGUAUCUGUUGUGGCGUUCCAGCCCAGGUGAUGUCGUCAAGUUUGUUUGAAGUAAGAAGGUCCUCUAAAGAUGGUGGCCAUUCGCCAUAUGACUCCCCAUCC